UUCUCUGCAUAUCAAAACGCAAAAGUGAAAGUGAAUUUUCGGUGUUUCGGUGCGUGAGUGCCACUUGAAUGACAAAUAUUGAUAUGCUACAAUGAAAACCGGGACCUACUAGCCAACCAAAUAAGCUUCGAGAAGAGAAACUAUCAAAAAAAUAGAUACACAUAUUUCUUUGUGCAAAUUGGAUUACGGAAAGUUCCCGAUCAGCUCAAGGAUACCAAGCGGGAUUGGAGUACACCUAGCACACAGCGCUAUUAUCAUCAAACAGUUGGAUUUGGAUAUGGCUGCCAACGAGAUUAUGACACCCACAGUCAAUGCGAAUUGUCAAUACUCGACCAGAUAUUGUUGGGAGGCGGAAAAAGUCAAAUCAUUGAUCAGAUUGCGGGCGGAACUGUCGCCUUUGUUCACUGGCAAGCGAAAUGCCUCCAAAUAUGCCUGGGCCGUGGUGGAACGGGAGCUCAAUGUGCCGCUGCCGCUGUCGAAGAUCAUCAAGAAGUGGAACAAUCUGCUGCAGGAGUACAAGGCCAUCAAGAUGUCCGAGGAGCCAAAGCGACGCGAGUGGCCCUUCUUCACCCUGAUGGACGUGUACUUCAGCGACCAGGUGAACGAUCCCUCACUGCGUCUCUUCUCGUCCACCAAGACGCUCAAGGAGACCCUCGACGACAGCGUCUUCGAGGAUGAUCCAAUCAUCGCCUCGGCCAUUGCGGCGGCCACCAGCGGGGCCUACAUGGACAUCGAUGAGCUCAUCCGGCGGCAGAAGGAGCGUGCCGCCCUGGCCGCCGAGCGGAAGUUGGCUGCCGCUGCCAGCGGAGGCGUCGGUGACUACAAAUUCGAGCUGAAGCCCAUGCUCUCGAACAGCAAGUUCAAUAGCAACAGCGAGAUGGCCAAGCUGUCCAAGAGCGUCGACGACCUCUCCAUGCAGCAGUACAAGAUCAAGCAAGAGCUAAUGCGCCAGCGGGAACAGGAGCAGCAGGAGAACAUGGUCAAGAUCAAGCAGCACGCACGCCAGCAGCAGCAGCAGCAACAGCAGCAUCACCAGCAGCAGCAGCAGCAACACCACCAGGCCCAGCAGCAGCAGCGAUUCCUGGGCCACCAGCAGGCGCUGUCGCCGCAUCCACACCGUUUGUCGUCCUCCUCGACGCCACCGGCUUUGCAGCAUGCGCUGCAGCAGCAGCAACAGCACAUGCUGCAGCAGCAUCAGCUGCAGCAACAGCUGCAACAGCAACAGCAGCAGCACCAACAGCAGUUGCAGCAGCAGCAGCAACAGCACCACCAACUCGCUCAUCCCCACCAGCCGCACACACCGCGCCCCAGUACGCCACCCACCACGGCGCAGCAGAUCCACAUCACGGCCACCCAGCACCAGGCCGCCCAGCAGCAGCUCCACCAGCAGCAGCAGCCGUCGCACAAGCAGCAGCAAUCCUACGCCGAUCCCAACACCAUCGACCAGUACCUGUUGUCAUGGAACAACUUCCAUGGGAACAUGUGCCGCGGCUUCCACUCCCUGCAGAAGGACGAGAAGAUGGUGGACGUCACCAUCGCAGCCGGCGGCAAGAUUUUUAAGGCCCACAAACUGGUCCUGUCCGUUUGCAGUCCCUACUUCCAGCAGAUCUUCCUGGAGAACCCAUCGAGUCACCCCAUCCUGCUGAUGGCCGACGUGGAGGCCAGUCACAUGGCCGGUCUGCUGGACUUCAUGUACAGUGGCCAGGUGAACGUCAAGUACGAGGAUCUGCCCGUUUUCCUGAAGGUCGCCGAAGCCAUGAAAAUCAAGGGGCUGCACACAGAGAAGAACCUGGACAGCGAUGCCAGCGACAUCAGCUCGCCGCACGAGAGCGACGGCACCGAGUGCCGUUACGAGCGCGGAACGCACAGCGUGAACAUCACCAGCGGCCAUGCCGCCGGCUAUGGAGGAGUACCGCCCCCGCAGCAGUCCUCGCCAUCGCCCUCGCUCAAUGGACCCAACCGCUGCCCCACGCCCCUCUCCAGCGGCGGUUCCGGCAAUCCCAACUACGCCGGCUUCCGGGAGCACAUCAAGUCGAAGGCCACGCUGGCCGAGAACUUCAUAAAGAAUCUCAACAGGAACAACAACAACAACAGCAGCAGCAACAACUACAACCACCUGGGUGGCAGCAACGGUAGCCUCAACCUGACGGAGGCGGAGAGCAACUCCUUUGCCAUCCUGCAGGCGAACAGCAAGAAGAUGCUGGACUCGGCGCGCAAGCAGCACAAGUAUCUGGCCAAGCGCAAGAUCCUGAUGCACUACAACACGGAGCUGGGUGGCGAGAAGCGGCUGAAGGAGAUGGAGCGGGAUCGCUAUCCGAGUGCCGAGCAGCAUGACGACGCCUUGAACAACAACCACAGCCACGCCACGGACAACAUUAUGGAGCCCAUCAUUACGACCAUUGUGCCACAGACGCCGCCACCUUCCACGCACAACAACAACUUCAAGAUCCGCCUGGUGGAGAGCCAUCACCUGACCAACAACAACAACAACAACCAGAAUCAAAAUCAGAAUCAGAGCAACAACCACAGCACCAGCAGCAGCAGUCCGCAAUCGAGCAACUGCAACAACGACAACGACGAGGAGGCACUGAAUCUGGUCCAGAUACCCAAUGCCAACGGGGGCAGCAGGAACAGAGAGGCCACGCCCACAUGCGCGACUCCCACGCCCGACAUUCAGCUGAUCAAGCGGGAAGUGGAGACGGAACUGCCGCCGGCGGAGAACCUUAACAACAACAACGGACACGACGACGAGAUGGCUGGAGCAGGAUAUGAUCGCAAGUACGACGACAACAACAACAACCGCGGAUUGGACAUGGAAACGGACUCGAACAACAACAACAGCAAGCCGGGAGGCGACAACAACAAUGGUAUAGCACUGGCGCUGGGCAAGCACAGGCUGCUGAGUGCGAUCAAUAGGAGCAUGGAGCAGGAGCACCCCGAUCAGGAUCAGCAGGAUCAGGAGGCCGAUCACGGCGGUAACAACUGCACUAGCGACGACAACAACAACAACAAUCACAGCCAGCACCUGGACCUGAGCACCAUCAAGAACAUAGCCACGGCGGAGAUCCUGUGCGGACUCAAGAGCAAGGUGCUCAAGCUGGAGGAGGAGCAGCGCGAGCGGGAGCGCGAAAGGGAGCGGGAACGGGAAGCCUGUCGCAGCCUCAGCGAGAUCAAGAAUGCGGAGUGAUCGAUCCCCCUGGAUCGAUAAGUGGAUGCCCACUGCCCACUGCCCCCCAGACAGACAAUUAUGCAUUUGAUUAAAACCCAGCAUGGAGCGGCAUCUGAGCGGCCGACUCUGUGUUUGCUAAUUAUAGUUAUUUAUUAUACCACUUAAUAUCGUUAAUGUAAUUGUAAUGACCUGACCCCACAUGAACAUUGGUUAGUUUGGUAGGCCUAGCAUUCGCCCAGCACACCAUUUAGAAUCCCUAGCAGCUAAGACUCACGAAUCAUUAACGUAUCGUAUUGUAUCGUAUCGUAUCGUAUCUUAUCGUAUCGUAUCGUAUCGUAUCGUAUGGUAUCAGAUCGCUGAUUACCGAACGAAUUACAAACUUAAUAUUAGCACUUUGGAAAUUGGCCCUGUUGCAAUACGAAUUAAGCCCAUGUUAAACAUAUUAAACAUAUUGAUAUCGUUUAAUAAUGUAUGUGUAGAGCAGUAUGUUGUAGAAUAAUACGCCCCCCAGCCGCACUUUCGACUUCGAUAUUCAGCUCUUACAUUAUUUAUACACACAUAUCGUACUACGAAUGUAUCUCAACACCAAUCACGCAUGCAUAUGAACACCUCCCCCCAUACAUACUAUACAUACAUUGCCCCAUAUACCGACGAGUAUAGUAACGACGACUCGGCCCCGACCAUCUGACCAGGUACCACUGUACGCAUGUAACACUGUACUUAUGUACCACUGGAACGGGCCGUCAUCUGCAAAGGAUCAGAAAGAAAGGAACAAUAUAUGUAUCUCGUUUUUAGUUUUAACUUGCCAGACCUUCUCAAUGAGCACUCAGAUAACUCGGUUACAUGCGAUCGUAUUCAGCUCGGCGCUCAACUUUCACCCAGAAGUGGUUCCGGAUCUUGUUAAUUGUUGUAUGUACAUGCCCAUGUGCCUGGAACCCAGCCCCAAGACCCCAAGCCCCGAAGUCCCCAAGCCCCCAAAAAGAUAUAUACGCACGACUUUUGGGACAACCAGAAUUAGCAAGGCACAGUGUAACUCGUACAAUAUUUAUUCAGCUCCUUUACAUUAAAAACAAAGCUUGUGUAAUGUUUUUGCUGUUGAACAUUUUUUUAUUGUAAAUGAAUUAAUGAAUGAAUAAAGAACCCAACACAUUCAAAAUCCUCGCUAGCGUUUUAAUUGGCAUAUUGCAAAAGUAAGUUAGUUGGCUAAGCAUCUUGAAAAUUGUUCCAAUUUUAGCAUGGUUCAAAUGAAAAUCUAUACUUUACAAAGCAAAGUUAAUUUAACUAAUAAGUUAAGUAAGCUAAUAAGAAAACCUAAAGUUGAACUUAUUGAGAAACAUAUAUAUAUAUAUUCAAAGAAAGUAGCAAAUGAUAUUUAUAUGUGAUCCUUGUUUCGGCGGAAAGUUCAAGGACCCGAAGUGCUCAGAUACACUGAUACAAAAAUGUGCUGCGUUGUGUAGCCUGGACUCUCCUGUACCUCUCACCAACACACGCACAGCACUCGCACAGACAGGACUCGUGCUCUCUCUCUAUCUCUCCUCUCACUUUCUCCCUCUCUGGCUGACAUCCCUUACGCGACCUCGACGCGAGGAGAGUCAGUGGAAGAGCACUCGCCGAAGAGAGUGGUUCAGUGCGCUCAAUGCGGCGGCGCAGAGACGCGGAAAGUGAAAUGGAAGGAGCAAGGACGAAAUACAUUUUGUGUAUUUUCGGCGGUCGGCGGUUGGGGGCGCGCCGUUUUUUGCCCUUUUUUCGCGCGCGCCCGUCGUUGUAAUUGAAAACUACACCGUGGCACGAAGGCGGCCCGAAGUCCUGCCCAAAUCUCGCACUCACACCGGCGCAGUCGGUCGCAGUUGGUCGCACUCGGGCGCACGCAUACACACACACGCACGCCGGCACGAAGGACGAGCGAAAGGACGAAGCCGAGUGGCAAACGAGCACCGCCGCCGCGGCAGUUCUCUGUUCUCCGCUCUGUGUGUGGUUGUAAAAAGGCGAAAACGUCACGGGAAAAACCGGUUAAUAAAUUAUUGCUAAUCGAAUGGAAACUUGAAGGUUUACAAAACAAAACAGACCACAACAGAUGCUUCUAGAUCAUACGAAAUAUAACCAAACCGAUUUAUGAUGGGCAAAGAAGUAAUACGGAUUGUUUUCGUUAAUUUAUGUUAAUUUUGGGACAACGGAGGCACUAAAACCCAAAGGAAGCCUGACUCAAGCUCUUGCUUUUACAUUAGCUUCUGCCUGUAAAGCUAGCAAGGAAAUUUCUUCGAGCAACAUCAAAACAAUCAUUCAUAUCGAUGUCAUUACGUUUCUGGUAAAUGCUGGCGAAAGAAGUGUAAAAGAGGCGGAGAAGUGGCAACAAAAUUCAAUUUAAACAAAAAUUAAUUAGUUCUACCGAAUUUCGAAAUGAAUAAGAAACGAAUAAAUUUGAAGCUCUCUAAAA